AUGUAUCUCCAGAUACAAAUUGAAGCCGAAGAUCGACCGUUUUUCCGAAUUCUGAGAGGGAACUGGACGACUAAAGUGAUCGUAAAGCACUUUCACGAAGCUGGACACCAUACCACCGGGACAAAUCACACGCUCGCAAAGGUCUCGACCAAGUGCUGGAUAGUAGCAGCUCGAGAAGACACCCGAGACUGGGAAAAGGCAUGCGAUGAGUGCAGGAGACGUAAGUUGAAAGCCGCUGAGCAAAACAUGGCGCCACCACUGGAUGUAAGAGUGCAUCCACUUGGAGCAUUCGCCCACGUUUCAGUCGAUUAUGGAGGCCCGUUCAUUACUGUCCAAGGUCGUGGACAAAAGCGUUGGCCGUAUCUGUUUACGUGCCUAUCAGGUCGGGCAGUACACUUGGAAAUGGCUUAUGGUCUGGACACCGACAGCUUCUUGAGGUGUUUCCUCCGAAUGACCCGUCGCAGGGGAUAUCCGUUAACGAUCGUGAGCAGUCGUGGAAACAACUUCAUUUGCGCAGAGAGAGAGCUUCGGGAGAUAACAGACGACUUAGAUCACACUCAAAUCCAAGAUCAAACGGCCAGUAAAGGAAUGAAAUGGUCUAUCAAUCCUCUGUUGGCGCCCCGUUUUGGAGGAGUUGAUGAAAUCAUGAUUAAAGCAGCGAAAAAGGCUAUAAGUGCAGUGCUCGGCAAUGCAGAUGUUAAUGACGCAGAACUAAUGACGGCCUUUGUUGGAGUAGAAGACUUGUUGAAUUCCCGUCCUCUUACGCAUCAGUCAGCCGACCCGAACGAUGCUACUUCACUCACCCCUAAUCAUUCUCACCAUGGCCAGAUGGGAGAUGUCUCAGCUCCGGAGUCUGUUGACGAAGUUACGUUCAGCCCAAGAAAUAGAUGA